AUUGGAAUCAACCGCGUAUUCUCAUCCCGAUGGCCGUUCGUGGACAUCGAAGACCGUUUUUUAGACGGAACUCAUCAAAUGCAGGCCUAUUUAUUCCACAGUCCCCUUUGGAUAUUGUUUUAUUGGAACCUAAUUUGGUUGUUCCUACUGAUGACCAGAAUUUAUUACAAUGUUUGCUAGAUCACCAUGCAAAGUUGAUACCAUCCUCUGAUUCUCAGCAUGCCUUGACGAAUUUAUGUAAUCGGAUAUGUGAAAUUUUAGAUAAGAUUAUUAUAAAUCCAUCUAUAUUUGAAUCUGGGCAAUUGGAACAAGUUCGUCCUGUAGGAUCUUUCAAAAUGGGCACAUGGUUGAAUGGUUCAUGUACAGCUGAUUUAGCCUGUGUAUUUCGUACACUUCCAACCCUUGAAGCUGUACAAAAUUUGGCCAAUUUUGUACGUAAUCAACUGACAACUAAUAAAUCACCAACUGAGUAUGUUAAUUGUAAAGUUAAACUGGAGAGCUAUGGAUUUUCGGUGACUUCAGGCGAUUAUAUUGUCAAACUUUUAAUCACCACUACGCCAAUAAAUUUGAAUAAAACAACACCUGAUAUACACAUUAAUUUAGUGGCUCAAAAAACUGCUUUGGCUUCAAUUCGGCAUUUAAGGUGGGCAGAAGAGAAUGCUACACACACUACCGUGAAAGUUUUAAUUCGUAUCUUGAAAGAUUUUCGACGACGUUUUCGAGCCUUUAGCUACAUGAAUUCUUGGUUAAUUGAUCUAUUGGGUUAUUACGCUGUUAUGAAUAAUCCAUCACGUCAACCGUUACCACUUAACCAUGCAUUUCGACGUGUAUUGUAUUUGUUGGCCAGUGGUUUCCUUCUUCCGGGUAGUACAGGUUUAAUUGAUCCAUGUGAACCAGGAUAUAUGCGUGUCCACUCGUUUAUGACACCUGUUGAACAGGAUGAAAUAUGUUGUACUGCACAAGUAAUGCUACGUGUUCUUAUUCAUGGUGGAUAUGCGUUACUUUUCAUGCAUAGCGAUUUGGAUGAUGCUUCCAGAGACCAAUUAUUGAAAGCAGCUUCGGAAUUAGAUAAUUUUGGUGAUAUAGAUUGGCCUGAACCAGUUGCCUUACCUUUACAAACUGUAGAAAAUGGGGUGGGCUGAAUCGAAUGGCCCAUGGCGUAGGUGGGCUGAGUUUGCGAGAUCCGGUAAAGUAUAUUGGAGACCAAUCACAUGCAAGGUCAGUGUUAGAACCAAACAAAUGGAAUCAUGGGCUUAGGACAAUUACGGUUUAAACAAAGAGAUAAUAUCCACCACUAUCAUUUCUCUUAUUGAUGACUCAAUAAAGAUUAUUUUUUCUUUGUUUAGGUCUAUUAAUUUCCUUAUGCUGUUUUAUGUUGAGUAAUUCAUUGACUGACUGGAGAGCAUAAAGUAUCAUUUUGUCACAUCUUGCCUACCCAUCUUCUGUUUAUCUGGUUGUUUAAAUGAUGAGUAAAUUUAACACUAUCAGACAUAUACAGCUUUUCUCAAGGGAUAUAUAAAGACUGAUAUGCACAUUUCUUUAUUCCGUAAAACUUGUACAAUUUGCG